GCGGGACUACAACUCCCAGCGGGCACCGCGCCGCAGACCGGAAGCGCGUCGUGGCGGGGCGGAGGAGCCGGGCGGGCGGUGGAGGCAGCGGCUCCUGCAGGACGCCCCCAGGCAGCUCCAGCCCCCGUGGGCCCCGUCUGCAGAUAACGUGAAGUCAUGGCUAUCCUGUUCGCUGUUGUGGCGAGGGGCACAACCAUCCUUGCCAAGCAUGCCUGGUGUGGAGGAAACUUCCUGGAGGUGACAGAGCAGAUCCUGGCAAAGAUACCUUCGGAAAACAACAAGCUGACCUAUUCACACGGGAAUUAUCUGUUUCACUACAUCUGCCAAGACAGGAUCAUAUACCUCUGCAUCACGGAUGAUGACUUCGAACGUUCCAGAGCCUUCAACUUCCUGAAUGAAAUCAAGAAGAGAUUUCAGACCACGUAUGGCUCAAGAGCACAGACAGCCCUUCCCUAUGCAAUGAACAGCGAGUUCUCAAGUGUCUUAGCUGCACAGCUGAAAUACCACUCGGAGAGCAAGGGCACUGACCAGGUGGCGGAGACGCAAGCCCAAGUUGAUGAACUGAAAGGAAUCAUGGUUCGAAACAUAGACCUCGUGGCACAAAGAGGAGAGAAGCUGGAGUUGCUGAUUGAUAAAACCGAGAACCUCGUGGAUUCGUCGGUCACUUUCAAAACUACCAGCAGGAACCUUGCUAGAGCCAUGUGCAUGAAGAACCUCAAGCUCACCAUUAUCAUCAUCAUUGUAUCAAUUGUUAUCAUCUAUAUCAUUGUAUCAGCUGCCUGUGGUAAGCUUGCAUAGCCAACCUGUGUGCAGAAGUAACCGGGAGCAGUUGGUGCUGGUCAGUUGGAGAUGAGAAUCACAGGAGUGUGAAGAAGCAACCUACAGAAUAACUCUUAAUCUUUCACUACUGACACCUUCUCAUUCUUCAUCCCUCCAGGACUUCAGACUUCUUUGCCUUACCACCCCAAACAGGCCCAGCUGGUCGCUGCUUCUGUGCAGCUGUAACCUCAAGACUGGGCUGUUUUAAAUUACUUGAAGGGAUUUUUGUUUUGUUUUUCUGUCCCAUCUAAAGCCUUCUCAGCUGGGUAGGCAGUACAGCCAACUCUGGAGGGCACAUGCAUCCUUGCCCAUGUGCCCCUGCAGCUUUGCACUUCCACGUGAGCGUGCAAGUGGAGAAUCACGGUUUAGCAACCGUCCUACCCACAAGGAUGGCACUGGAGGGUAGUUCAGGGUGGGCUGAGCCAAACUAACGGGAGAGACACGAGAUGGAUGUGUGCGUUUCCAUUUCCCACAAAUGGUGGAGAUCCAGGUGCCCCUCCCUGCACAUCUGGCCUCUUGCAGUGUUCCAGCAUGUCGCGAUUGCAAGUGCAAUAUAGGUAGGAAGAAAAUGGCUUUAGGGCUGGGCUUUAUGCACUGUAAGAUGUAGGUGCUGCUUCUGUAUGAAAUCUCCCUUUUUCCUGGUGGUCUUUCUGCAGUUGGUAGGAGAGGGUGUUAGGUCACCUUGGCGCUUUGAAAUGGCCUCCUCUUCAUCAACAUUUCUUACUCCCCCUUUAAUUUGUGGCUAAAUCAAUACAGUUGGAGAGCGUUCCAUAUAGUUAAGGUUGCAAUAAUGCAUAUGCUUUGUCACCUAUUAUUUCUCUUGUUCUUUUGAGGUUGGACUAAAAUGAAUAUUAACAUUCUCACUUGUUAAGGUGAAGUUGGGGGGCCAGUCAAGGCCAGACUAUCAAUCUGGCUUAAGGUGUCAGGUAUUAGCUGCUUGUGCUUCUACUCAGAAGGUUUGUGCUAAAAACUGAAGACAGAGAAGGAACGGAAGGCUGGAGUUGAAUGGAUGGUUACUUUCUCUAUGGUCUGAAGCAGAAAAGCUCUCUCAGAGGAUGUAGUAACAGGUAUUCCUGUGUGCAAAAAAAUAAUAUAUAUAUAUAUACCCAAAUCUCCAAGGCUAAUAACCAAAUGUAGGAUCAGGUACCCUGGUAAUGUGCUGCUAUCAAGAGUAUAGGGACUGCUCUGCCUAGCGUUGGAAGCUGUGAUCACUAUUUUUGUCCCAUCUGGAUAUCUGAAUUACCAGGCCAUGAGCCCCAGACAGCCCCAGGACUGGGGGCUGUGCAACAAGCAGGCGGGGCAGUGUGGUGGCUGGGAGUCCUGGCUGACUGGAAGAGAAGCUGUUGUUGCCUGGGGUGCGAGGAGCGUGGGGCUUCCAUCUCAUAUCUUAAAGGAUUAUUUUCAAGAGAAGAAAUGGGAACACCUGAAAUCUCACAAAAGCAUCAAGUGGUGUAAAUGAGGAAGCUGCACUGCUUUGGCACAGGGAAGUGACUUGUAAGGGUGGGUGGAAGCUGUGCAGCUGUGGGAAAGGGAGGCUCAAUUUGGUGACUAAACUCUGACACUUGGUGCCAUGGGUUCCCUGAGCCCUGCAACACGGGCUUGCCACAGGCAGGACAGUGAUGUUAAAUGGCUGCUCCUUCACAUGCUUUGCUUGGUGUAUGGUACAUUGACCUUGGAGCUUUCCAGCAGGUGCCAGGUAAAAAGUCUUCCUGUAAACUUGCAUGGUUUUGGCUAAUUUUACUGAUGGCAAUCAGAUCUUGGAUAUCCAGAAAGUGCCAGUGGUUCUGAUCAGUACUGUGGUCGCUGGCCUUGGUUUCUAUUUUGUUUUACACCACUGUAAAGCAGAGAAAGACUUCCUCUUACCUGGAAGUGGAUGUGGAAGAGAGCCCUUCUUCCCCUCCUUAGUAUCCGUACAGCCUCCCCCCAGGCUCAAUGUACAAUUGUGCAUGUUUUAGGGAUUGUUGAUGUUACUGUGUUAAUUUCUAUGAUUUGUUGUCUUAUGUACAAACACUUUUUAAUGAAGACUUCCUUUUCUUUUAAAGGAUGCACUGAGAUAUUAGUGUAAAAACAAAGUUAACCUGAUUUAAAUAAAAUUACUGUACAGAAA